AUGGAGCGCGCCCACAGCCCCAAGCGCCGCAAGCUCGAGCCCGACGAGUACUCCAUCGCGCCCCAGCCCAAGUUCCGCAAACCCAACCGCCCCCGCGACCGCAAUGGCGCGCCGAGCGGCCGCGGCGCAGACGCUCCCCAGAAGCCCUUCGACGGGCCAGAGCCGCUGGUCGACGACUUGGACUCGAUGGCGCUGGACCGCGACUGGUACGGCGGCGAGGAGAACGGGCACACGUUUGGCGACGACUCCCACAAUCCGUUUGGCGGCGCCGAGAGCUCGUGGCUGGACGCGCAGCGAGAGGCCGCCCUGACCGAGAAGAAGCUGAACAACCGCGCCAGCAUGCGGGCGCAGCAGAAGCAAAAAGACGUCGACGCCUGGGAGACGAAUCGAAUGCUGCAGUCGGGCGUCGCCCAGAGGAGACACUUUGACGACGACUUCAACGACGACGACGAAGCCACCCGCGUCCACAUCCUCGUCCACGAUCUGAAGCCGCCCUUCCUCGACGGCAAGAAGGUCUUCACCAGGCAGAUCGAUCCAGUGCCCGCCGUGCGCGAUCCACAAAGCGACAUGGCCGUCUUCAGUCGCAGAGGCAGUCGCGUCGUCAAGGAAAAGCGCCAGCAGAAGGAGCGCGAGAAGCAGACCAAGGAGGCCACCAGCGCAAAGGGAACCACGCUGGGCAACAUCAUGGGCGUCAAAGAGGACGACACAGACAGUGCCGCUCCCAUGCCCGAGGACGUCGAGAAGAAGGGCGGGAGCAAGUUCGCAGACCAUCUCCGCAAGCAGGAGGGCGCCAGUGCAUUCAGCAAGAGCAAGACACUCCGGGAACAGCGACAGUACCUGCCAGCUUUUGCAGUCCGAGAGGACCUCCUGCGCGUGAUUCGAGACAACCAAGUGACCAUCGUCGUCGGCCAAACCGGCUCAGGAAAGACGACGCAGCUGACGCAGUUUCUCCACGAAGACGGCUAUGGGAAACUUGGGUUGAUUGGGUGCACACAACCUCGUCGUGUUGCCGCCAUGAGUGUCGCCAAGCGUGUUAGUGAAGAGAUGGAAGUCAAACUCGGUGGGCUGGUGGGCUAUGCUAUUCGCUUCGAGGACUGCACCAGCAAGGACACCAAGAUCAAGUACAUGACCGACGGUGUCCUUCUUCGUGAGUCCCUGGUCGAACCGGAUCUAGACAAGUACUCGUGCAUCAUCAUGGACGAGGCUCACGAGCGGGCGCUGAACACCGACGUACUCAUGGGACUUAUCAAGAAAGUUCUGGCACGCAGGAGAGACCUCAAGCUGAUCGUUACAUCCGCAACUAUGAACUCGGAGCGAUUCUCUCGCUUCUAUGGCGGCGCACCAGAGUUCAUCAUCCCAGGUCGCACCUUCCCCGUCGACAUACAGUACUCUCGUUCACCGUGCGAGGACUACGUCGAUAGUGCUGUAAAGCAGGUUCUUGCGAUCCACGUUUCUCAAGGUCCAGGUGACAUUCUAGUAUUCAUGACUGGCCAGGAAGACAUUGAGAUCACUUGCGAACUCGUCGCCGAACGGCUGAAACUCCUGAACGACCCUCCUAAGAUCAGUAUCCUGCCCAUCUACAGUCAGAUGCCGGCAGAUCUGCAGGCCAAAAUCUUCGAACGGGCUGCCCCUGGUGUCCGGAAAGUCAUUGUAGCCACCAACAUUGCAGAGACGAGUUUGACCGUCGACGGCAUCAUGUAUGUCGUAGACGCCGGCUUCUCUAAGCUCAAAGUCUACAACCCCAAGAUGGGUAUGGACACGCUACAAAUCACUCCCAUCUCACAGGCAAACGCCUCCCAACGUGCUGGUCGCGCUGGGCGCACUGGACCUGGCAAGUGCUUCCACCUGUACACCGAGCGAGCGUUCAGAGACGAGUUCUACAUUCAAACCAUCCCCGAAAUCCAGAGAACAAACCUGGCCAACACCGUCCUCCUCUUGAAAUCACUCGGCGUCAAAGACCUUCUCGACUUCGACUUCAUGGACGCCCCACCCCAAGAUACCAUCACGACCUCGCUCUUCGACCUCUGGGCCCUUGGCGCACUCGACAACAUUGGCAACUUGACUCCCCUCGGCCGCACAAUGACAGCCUUCCCCAUGGACCCAUCUCUCGCCAAACUUGUAAUCACAGCGGUCGAAUAUGAGUGCAGCGAAGAAAUGCUCACAAUCGUCGCCAUGCUGUCAGUCCCCUCCGUCUUCUACCGCCCGAAAGAGCGACAAGAGGAGUCCGACGCCGCACGCGAGAAAUUCUUCGUCCCAGAGUCGGACCACCUAACGCUGCUGCACGUCUACACGCAGUGGAAAGUCAACGGCUACUCGGACGGCUGGUGCAUCCGGCACUUCCUGCACCCCAAGGCUCUACGCCGAGGCAAGGAGAUCCGUGACCAAAUCCAGGACAUUAUGGAGAAGCAGAAGAUGCCGCUUGUCAGCUGCGGCACCGACUGGGACGUGAUCCGCAAGUGCAUCUGCAGCGGCUACUACCACCAAGCGGCCAAAGUCAAGGGCAUCGGCGAAUACAUCAACCUGCGCACCAGCGUCACCAUCCAACUCCACCCCACCAGCGCGCUCUACGGCCUCGGCUACCUGCCCGACUACGUCGUCUACCACGAACUCAUCCUCACAAGCAAAGAGUACAUGUCCUGUGUCACCUCCGUGGACCCGCACUGGCUCGCCGACAUGGGCGCCGUCUUCUAUUCGAUCAAAGAAAAAGGCUACUCGGCGCGCGACAAGCGCGUCACCGAACGCGAAUUCAACCGCAAGGCGGAGCUGGAAGCGCAGAUGGCCGUGGACAAGGCGCACGAGGAGCAGCGCAUCGCCGACGAGGAGAGCGGGCCGCUGAUAAAAAAAGCCGUGCUGGGCAGGAAGAAGGAAGAGGGCGACGGCGUCGUCAAGCGACCGGUCAUCGGCUUGAAGAGCAAAUUCAAGCGCAGGUGA